CUUCCCUGUGCCCGUCCUGGCCCUGCCCCUGCCCCCUCCUCUCAGCCCCUCCGCGCCCGGGGUGUCAUUGGGAGACGCCAGCCAACUUCAGGCUGCUCAAAGGAAGCCCGUGCAGUCACCUGGGUGCAAGAGCGUUGCUGCCUCGGGCUCUCCCGCUGCAGGGAGAGCGGCACUCGCUGGCCUGGAUGUGGUUGGAUUUGGGGGGGCUCCGCAGCAGGGCUGUCGUGGCGGUGGCACGCGCUGCAACAGGUAGACGGCGAGAGACGGACCCCGGCCGAGGCAGCUAUGGAGACCAAAGGCUACCACAGUCUCCCUGAAGGUCUAGAUAUGGAAAGACGGUGGGGUCAAGCUUCUCAGACUGUGGAGCGCUCUUCCCUGGGACCUACAGAGAGGACUGAUGAGAGUAACUAUAUGGAGAUUGUCGACGUCAGCUGUGUUUCCGGUGCUAUUCCAAACAACAGUACUCAAGGAAGCAGCAAAGAAAAACACGAACUACUCCCUUGCCUUCAGCAAGACCAUAAUCGUCCUGGGAUUUUAACAUCUGAUAUUAAAACUGAGCUGGAAUCUAAGGAACUUUCAGCAACUGUUGCUGAGUCCAUGGGUUUGUACAUGGAUUCCGUAAGGGAUGCCGACUAUGCCUACGACCAGCACAACCCACAAGGAAGCAUGAGCCCAGCGAAGAUUUAUCAAAAUGUUGAACAGCUGGUAAAAUUUUACAAAGAAAAUGGCCAUCGUCCUUCCACUCUAAGCAGUGUGAGCAGGCCCUUGAGAUCAUUUAUGUCCGACUCUGGGAGCUCCGUGAAUGGCGGGGUCAUGCGUGCCGUUGUGAAAAGCCCCAUCGUGGGUCAUGAGAAGAGCCCGUCUGUUUGCAGCCCUCUGAACAUGACAUCUUCGGUUUGCAGCCCUGCUGGAAUCAACUCUGUGUCCUCCACUACGGCCAGCUUUGGCAGUUUCCCAGUGCACAGCCCCAUCACCCAGGGAACUCCUCUGACUUGCUCCCCUAACGUAGAAAAUCGAGGCUCCAGGUCACACAGCCCCACACACGCUAGCAAUGUGGCCUCUCCUCUCUCAAGCCCAUUAAGUAGCAUGAAAUCCCCAAUUUCUAGUCCUCCAAGUCACUGCAGUGUAAAAUCUCCAGUCUCCAGUCCUAACAACAUCACUCUGCGAUCCUCUGUGUCCAGCCCUGCAAAUAUCAACAACUCAAGGUGCUCUGUUUCCAGCCCUUCCAAUACCAAUAACAGAUCCACGCUUUCCAGCCCGGCAGCCAGUACUGUGGGAUCUAUCUGUAGCCCUGUAAACCAUGCCUUCAGCUACGCCACUUCUGGCACCUCCACUGGACCCAGUGCCACCCGGGAUGUGGCUCCUAGUCCAGACACACACGAGAAAGGUGCUCAAGAAGUCCCUUUUCCUAAGACUGAGGAGGUGGAGAGUGCCAUCUCCAACGGUGGGACUGGCCAGCUUAGCAUUGUCCAGUACAUAAAACCAGAACCGGAUGGCGCUUUUAGCAGCUCAUGUCUGGCAGGAAACAGCAAAAUAAAUUCAGAGUCUCCGUUUUCAGUACCAAUAAAACAAGAAUCAACCAAGCAUUCAUGUUCAGGCGCCUCUUUUAAAGGGAAUCCAACAGUAAACCCAUUUCCAUUUAUGGAUGGCUCGUAUUUUUCCUUUAUGGAUGAUAAAGACUAUUAUUCUCUAUCAGGAAUUUUAGGACCACCUGUGCCAGGCUUUGAUGGUAACUGUGAAGGCAGUGGGUUCCCAGUGGGGAUCAAACAAGAACCAGAUGAUGGGAGCUAUUACCCAGAGGCCAGCAUCCCUUCGUCUGCCAUAGUUGGUGUGAAUUCAGGUGGGCAGUCCUUUCACUACAGGAUUGGUGCUCAAGGUACAAUAUCUUUAUCACGUUCGGCUAGAGACCAAUCUUUCCAACACCUGAGUUCCUUUCCUCCUGUCAAUACUUUAGUGGAGUCAUGGAAAUCACACAGUGACCUGUCAUCUAGAAGAAGUGAUGGAUAUCCGGUCCUAGAAUACAUUCCAGAAAAUGUAUCAAGCUCUACUUUACGAAGUGUUUCUACUGGAUCCUCAAGACCUUCCAAAAUAUGUUUGGUGUGUGGGGAUGAGGCUUCAGGAUGUCAUUAUGGGGUAGUAACCUGUGGCAGCUGCAAAGUUUUCUUCAAAAGAGCAGUGGAAGGGCAACACAACUAUUUAUGUGCUGGAAGAAAUGAUUGCAUCAUUGAUAAGAUUCGACGAAAGAAUUGUCCUGCCUGCAGACUUCAGAAAUGUCUUCAAGCUGGAAUGAAUUUAGGAGCCCGAAAGUCAAAGAAGUUGGGAAAGUUGAAAGGGAUUCACGAGGAACAGCCGCAGCAGCAGCCGCCACCCCCACCACCCCCGCCCCCCCAGAGCCCCGAGGAAGGGACAACGUAUGUGGCUCCCGCCAAAGAGCCCUCCGUCAACACCGCGCUGGUUCCCCAGCUCUCCGCAAUCACACGAGCACUCACGCCUUCCCCUAGUAUGGUCCUUGGGAGCAUUGAACCUGAAAUUGUGUACGCAGGCUACGACAGCUCAAAACCAGACACGGCCGAAAAUCUGCUCUCCACUCUCAACCGCUUGGCAGGCAAACAGAUGAUUCAAGUCGUGAAGUGGGCAAAGGUACUUCCAGGAUUUAAAAACUUGCCUCUUGAGGACCAAAUUACCCUAAUCCAGUAUUCUUGGAUGUGUCUAUCAUCAUUUGCCUUGAGCUGGAGAUCGUACAAACAUACGAACAGCCAAUUUCUCUAUUUUGCACCAGACCUAGUCUUUAAUGAAGAGAAGAUGCACCAGUCUGCCAUGUACGAGCUAUGCCAGGGGAUGCACCAGAUCAGCCUCCAGUUCGUUCGACUGCAGCUUUCCUUUGAAGAAUAUACCAUCAUGAAAGUCUUGCUGCUGCUAAGCACAAUUCCAAAGGAUGGCCUCAAAAGCCAGGCUGCAUUUGAAGAAAUGAGGACAAAUUACAUCAAAGAACUGAGGAAGGUGGUAACUAAGUGUCCCAACAAUUCUGGACAGAGCUGGCAGAGAUUCUACCAACUGACCAAGCUUCUCGACUCCAUGCAUGACCUGGUGAGUGACCUGCUGGAGUUCUGCUUCUAUACCUUCCGAGAGUCCCAGGCCCUGAAGGUGGAGUUCCCCGCCAUGCUGGUGGAGAUCAUCAGCGACCAGCUGCCCAAGGUGGAGUCGGGGAAUGCCAAGCCACUGUACUUCCACAGGAAGUGACGGGCGCCGCGUCGCCAGGAGAACUUUGCCUUAAGUUUCCCCGGGUGAUUCCACACCCACGAAGGACCCGAGAAAUCGUCUUUUUAACCUGUGCUGGUCGAUUCACAUGUGUUCAGCAGUUUCUCAAGUUUAAAGUCAUGUCGGGGGGUUGGAGCUGGGUGAGCCGUUUUCCAAGGAUCUGGCAGGGCCCCAGCGGUCCACAGGAUGCUCCCCUCUCCAGGUCCAGCGCUUAGAAACCUGUUCCUGUUCCUCUGGAUGAAAAGCCAUAUCUAGUCAAUAACUCUCUGAUUUUGAUAUUUUAACAGAUGGAAGUUUUAACUAUGCCAUGUAGUUUCUGGUAUCGUUUGCUUGUUUUAAAAGGGUUCAAGGACUAACGAACUUUUUAAAAGCUUACCCUUGGUUUGCACAUAAAACGUAUAGUCAAUAUGGGGCAUUAAUAUUCUUUUGUUAUUUAAAAAAACACAAAAAAAGAAAAAAUAUAUACAGAUUCCUGUUGUGUAAUAACAGAACACGUGGCGGGGGAAAGCAGCCCCCUGGGGUUCUCGCCGGCCCCAUCCCCAGAUCCUCUGCAUCACUGGUAUACACACUCAUUAGCGUCCAUUUAUUAUUUAAUUAGAAUGGAUAAGAUGUUAAAACAAAUGCCUUGGUUUCGAUUUCUAGUAUCUAUUGUGUUGGCUUUACAAAUAAUUUUUUGCAGUCUUUUGCUGUGCUGUACAUUACUGUAUGUAUAAAUUGUGAAGGACCUGAAAUAAGGUAUAAGGAUCUUUUGUAAAUGAGACACAUACAAAACAAAUCUUUAAUGGUUAAUAGGAUGAAUGGGAAAGUAUUUUUGAAAGAAUUCUAUUUUGCUGGAGACUAUUUAAGUACUAUCUUUGUCUAAACAAACAAGGUAAAACUUUUUUUUUUGUAAAGUGAAAUGUUCUGCAUGCACAAUGAACCGUUUACAGUGUAUUUAAGAAAGGGAGAGCUGUGCCUUUUUUAGCUUCAUAUCUAAUUUACCAUUUUACAGUCUCUGUUGUAAAUAACCACACUGAAACCUCUUUGGUUGUCUCUAAGCCUUUCUACGUUUUUCUGUACUUUUUUGUUUUGUUCUUGGUCUCCCACUCGGGGUGUUUGUGCGACUUGAGCACGUUUGCUGGCUUCUGCUUCAUCCUAGUCCAUUGGGGAACACCACACUGCAGUGUCUGCAGCUCCUUGAAGGUGUCACUUGGUGACAUGCGUGGAAGAGAAGGCCCAGGGAGUGCUGCAGCUUUAGGAAAGCUGCCUCUUCUCCCUCUUCCUGCAGAAGCAGAACCGGCACUAGGACAGUGACACUGGGAAAUCGAUGGCUCAGAGAGCAUGCUUUCCUCCCAUCUUAGAAAAUCAGAUUUUCUCCUGGUGGGGGGAAGAAAAAAAAAAAAUCCGUGCACUUUCUCUGUCAAAGAUCAGCUAUUUCCCUUCUGAUCUUGGAAAGGGGUCCUGAGCUCUUGGAUCCAGUCAUGGGAACACGCAGAGCAUGACAGAAAGCACUGGGACGGCCCAUCUCAGCAAGGUUCAGUCUGAACAGUGUGGAGACUGGGAGAUCAUUAGAGGGUUUUUAGAUUUUUAAAAGGUAGGUUUUAAAAAUAAAUUUUAUAUGUAAACAGUUUUGGAGAAAAAACAAAACAAAACUACAGAUCAUAUAAGCAAGACAGUGGCACUCAAAUUUUUAAUUCAUUAAUCUGUCCGGCACUGAUGCAAUGGAUGGCUUUUCUAUGGCCCCAAAUCACAGACAUCAAUAUCUUUGGGGAAACUAACAAUAUGAUUGCACUAAAUAAACUUCUUGGGGAUAGAGGCCAAAUUAAUCUUUGCAAAGUGAUGAUAAUCAUCAGGUACUCAGUGAAAUCGCAGGAUUUUCCAAAACCUAAAAGCUACAGCUGGAGAGGCCCGAGGCCAGGAGAAGGCAGCAGUCAGAUCAACACUUUCUCCAGGGUUCACCAUGCGGGCAACAUUACUUUGUCUUUCAGAAGACACCUGCCUUAUGCAAGGGGAAACCUGGGGGCGCUGCACUCAGAGGGAGGAGUUUUUCUGACAUAAUUUGCAAUUUCAGGAAUUUAAUUUAUAGGCAGAUCUUUAAAUACAGUCAACUCACAUGCACAGCAAUAUGAAAGCCACACUUCGAAGGUGAGAAACCCACGGCAUGCAGACUAGGAGUUUCUGGGAAAGAAAUGGCUUCCAAAAGCAGCUUUGAGUUCAGACAUAGCUUUUUCCAAAAUGGGAAUUCUGACUUGACCAGGCUUGGGAUGGAGACGCUCUGUAUCAGCUUUUUGUAUUAACAAAGUUACUGGCUCAUCGUGUGUCUCCAGGUAACUUUGCUUGAUUAAACAGCAAAGCCAUAUUCUAAAUUCACUGUUGAAUGCCUGUCCCAGUCCAAAUAGUCUGUCUGCUCUUAUUUUUGUACCAUAUUGCUCUCAAAAAUCUUGGUUUGGUACAAUUCAUAAUUCACCAAAACUUCAUAUAAUUAAAAAAACACUAAAAUUAGUUUAAAAUGAAGCAAUUUAUAUCUUUAUGCAAAAACAUAUGUCUGUCUUUGCAAAGGACUGUAAGCAGAUUACAAUAAAUCCUUUACUUUAAUCA